UUUACACGGAUAGGAGCGAACAAAAAAAAAGUCAUUGACACCAAAUUCAUCAUGUACAUGGAUGGUCGGAGAGAAAGGUAGCUACCGGGUACCAAACAUCUCAGUUGGGUUUCCGCAGCCGCAGGCGAGAAGAUUCUCUGUCGCCGAUGAUCUAGAAACCUGAAUUUCAAAUUUCUCUAAAAUCUCAGUACCACAUCAACAAAAGUCUGUUUUGAAACAUCAAUGGGUUCUCUUCCAUUACCAACCAUCCUAUUCAUCUUUAUCUUUAUCAUUCCACUCGCUCACUCUGUUCCUUUCAUUGUUUUGCAUGGCAUUGGAGAUAAAUGCAGCAAUAGAGGAAUUACACAUUUCACUGAGCUCCUUAGCAACUGGUCUAGUUCUCAAGGAUACUGCUUAGAAAUUGGAGAUGGUUCUUGGGAUUCCUGGACAAUGCCUCUGUUUGAACAAACGUCCAUUGUUUGUGAAAAGGUGAAGAACAUGAGUGAAUUGAGUGAUGGAUACAGCAUCGUUGGACUUUCACAGGGCAAUUUGGUUGGUCGAGGUGUAAUUGAACUUUGUGAUGGAGGACCUCCUGUUAAAAAUUUUGUAUCCAUUGGAGGUCCUCAUGCUGGUACCGCUUCUAUUCCACUUUGUGGAUCUGGGUGGUUUUGCAUUCUUAUUGACACUUUAAUCAAGUCGGAGAUCUACAGCAACUUUGUCCAGGAACACUUGGCUCCGAGUGGUUAUCUUAAAAUCCCAACUGACAUUGAUACCUAUCUGAAAGGCUGCCAUUUUCUCCCGAAGCUUAAUAACGAAAUCAUUGACGGGAGAAAUUCCACUUACAAGGAAAGAUUUUCAAGUAUAGUUAAUUUGGUACUUAUAAUGUUUGAGCAUGAUACUGUCGUAGUACCUAAGGAAACCUCCUGGUUUGGAUUUUAUCCGGAUGGGACCUUCGAUUCUGUUCUAACCCCACAAGAGACAAAGCUCUACAUUGAAGAUUGGAUUGGGUUGAGAACUUUAGAUGAAGCGGAGAAAGUCAAAUUCAUUAGUGUACCAGGAAAUCAUCUACAAGUCUCAAGAAACGACAUGAAAAAGUACAUAGUACCGUAUCUGGUGGAUGAGUCAUCAACACAGCUGAUCAUAGCAAAAUCUUCGUCUUAUAAUCAGUUUUCUUCAAUCUGGAACAAGUUCUUGGAGUUGGCUGCACUUACAGAGGGUCGGCUAUUGUUGCAGUUCAUUAAGUAAUCAUAUCGCUCUUGAUUCAGUGGCAACAAGAGGAAUUCAAUAAUUUAAAAAUUAGAAAGUUAGUAACGGAAGAUCUUCGAUUUAACACUUUACAACGUACACAUGUACCACGAAUUUAAUGCAAAUGUUAUAACUAUUUAUGUGUUAGUGUGAAAAAACUUGGACCCUACUUUCUUAGUGUUGUAUUAUGGGAUCAUGGUGACUGACCGCAUUUUGAUUGGCUACUGACAAUUCAGUUACUUAACAUUUAAUUUUCUAUUAAAUUUUCAAGGGUUUUCACGAGA